UCAAUAAUGAAAUUAGAAUUCAAAGGUUAUUGUUGAAUGGCCAACGGGAAAAAAAACAAGAAAGACCGGAGGGAGAAACCCCAAUUGGAAGGGUUUUGCCAAAUGUCCACUCCCUCCACCUCAUAGCAAUUGUUUUACGUACAUCCUGCCUUUGGGAGAAGCCAUUGUUUCUUCCGAGGGUUCUUCUAAAUUGCAGCUCAGGAACUAUAAGGAUUCAACUUGUUUGUAGGGAAGUUAUACUUUUCAAGUAGAAGGCUGAUAGUGAUGUAAUCUGGCGUACGGGUUUGAUACAUUAAUAUCAGAUUUAUAUCGUGUUCAAGAGUUUUAAAAUUAUUGUGUUGUCUUGGAAAGAUAUGUCAAAAAGUGAAAAGAAAUCCUGGGACAAGCUUGAGAAAUUGGAAGCAGUACAUGCUCUAAUUUCCCAACAUAUAUCAGCAUCUUUGCCAAUUUCAAGAUUUUCAAUUUUAUCUUUUCUGUCAGCACUUUCGGAAUUCCUCGUUGAUUCUGCAUGGGUAGGCUAUGGAAAUCCAAGUGGCCUGUAUCAUGGUUUGUUUCCUCGAGACUUUCAACAUCUUCUGCAAACAAUACCGGCGAAAUUGAUUUAGUAUUAGGAACUGAAUCAGCCUCCUUUCAAUCAAAACCUUCAUAUGUGUAUCUGGAAGGGAAAAAGGUUUUCAAAGAAAAGGCAUUCUUUUCAACUGUAUCUCCAUUUGGAAGAUGGAUAAAACUGGGUACAGGGUUUUUAUUUCUUUUACUAUUUUUAUGUAUUGUUAAUUUAAGAUCUGGAUGGAAAAGAAACUUUCCGACUCCAGAAUUGUCACACUUCUCAGUAAUUUUUGACUGUGGAAGCACUGGCACUCGAAUUCAUGUGUAUGAGUGGUCACAUAAGGGGAAGGAUCAAGGAAAUCUUCCAAUGCUGGUACAUUCAAGAUCUGGAGAACCUGCUGAGAAUUCUGGCCAGCUAAAUGGAUUUCCUAUGAUGCAGACUGAACCUGGGCUUGAUAAAUAUCUACACAAUGAAUCUGGAUUGAGAGCUUCUAUAGAGCCUCUUCUACACUGGGCAGAACAAGUAGUACCCCCUUAUGCACACAGAAGGACUCAUGUUUUCCUUCUGGCUACAGCAGGGCUCCGCAAGCUUCCAGUUUCUGAUGUAAAAUGGAUUUUGGAUAAGUUAUGGACAAUACUAUUGACAUCUCCCUUCAGGUGUCAGAGGAGCUGGACAAGGGUCAUUAGUGGGGUAGAAGAGGCUUAUUAUGGUUGGGUAGCUUUGAACUAUGAGAUGAAUAAGUUGCAAAAUACCCCCAGUCAGGCAACUUUUGGUGCAAUUGACUUGGGGGGUUCCUCCUUGGAAGUCACUUUUGAAUCUGGUAAGGAGAACAGAGGCGAAUAUGCAGUGAAGUUUGAUAUUGGUUUAACUGAGCGACAACUUUAUGCAUACUCUAUUCCAGGUUAUGGUCUGAAUGAUGCAUUUGAGAAGUCGGUCAUACUUCUAUAUAGGAAAUUUUCAGAGAAGAACAGCACAGCACUUUAUUCUGCCAACCAUCAAUUGCAGCUUAGACAUCCUUGUUUGCAUGCUGGCUAUAGACAUUCAUUUUAUUGUUCUAAAUGCUAUCCUCUACAUGAUGAUGGAAGUCCCCAAAAUGGUAAAAGAAGCACAGGAAAUGAGUUCAUUGCACCACAGAUUGAAUUGGUGGGCGAUCCCAACUGGAUGGAAUGCCAAACACUUGCUAAAUCCACUGUUAAUGCCUCUUUAUGGUCAGACUCAGCUAUAGCUAUGAAUUGUGAUCAUUAUCCUUGUGCUCUUGACAAGCAUCAGCCACAACCUCGUGGGAGAUUCUUUUUACUGUCAGGUUUCUUUUUUAUCUACAGAUUUUUCAAUCUGACUUCUACUGCUACCUAUGAAGAAAUCUUAGAGAAAGGUCAACAUUACUGUUUAAAAACAUGGCAAGAUGCUUCGAGAAGUGCAGUGCGACAUCCAUUCAUUGAACAGCACUGUUUUCGUGCACCAUACAUAGUAGCACUUCUCAGGGAUGGUUUGCAUUUAAGAGAUACACAAAUAACUAUUGGAUCUGGGAACCUCACUUGGACGUUGGGUGCUGCAUUACUUGAAGCUGCAAACUUAUUUCCAAGAAAUGAGGCAUUGGAAGGCCGACAGCAGUCUAUGCCUGAUAAAUUAAUUAUUGGUUAUUUUAAACUAGAUAGAGAUACUUGUAUAAUAUUAAUGCUAAUACUGCUAACUCUAGGAUUAUUUGUUGUCAUGCUUAGAAAAGUUUAAACUGUGGUUUUGGUCUGCACAUGAUUUGUUUCCUUCUGAGCCAAAUACUGCAACAGCAGUGGUGCCCUGCAGCUUUCAUCGUUUUAUGUCUACCGGACACACUAUCCCAUCAGUAAUCUGUGGCAAGUUUGUAGGGCUUCCCACUGCAAUUUUUAAUACUAACAUUUGAAUGCAAGAUCCAAUAUUUUGGUGAUUGCUAUUGUUAGUAAACUGGUAUGUUUUAAAAAGACAUUCUACUCUCUAUUUUUACAAUUUAAUUGAUUUUAUCACCAUGCCUA